CGUUCGCAGGACAUUUGUGUGCAGGGGGAAUUCUAGCUUUUUUUCUUAUUUUUUUUGUCAUGACACUGUUAUUCAAAUACAGGUCGUAGGUGAAAUGCAGCAGAAGGUAUGUGCCAGGAGGACCUCUCUCUUCACUGAGAAUGGACAGGCUCGUGGGGCAUCUGCUGACCCCCAGCUCCCAUUCAGGUGCCCUCGGUGUGGGGAGCAUAAAAGGUUCCGUAGUCUGGCCUCCUUGAGAGCCCACCUGGAAUACAGCCACAGUUACUACCACACCAUGCACGAGCUGAGCCUUCCGACCCACAGGGUGCAUUCCCACCCAGAGAGAGCCCUGCACCGACGCUCCCUGGGUGACACACGAGAGGUCACUAUCUGCAUAGAGAGGUGUCGUAUGCCCCAUGUGGGGACGCAGGCAGCUGAGGAGAUAAAGACUGAGAAUGAAGAGGAGGAGGAGGAAGAGGCCAGUAAAGAUGGUCUCAAAAUCCACAAGUCCAGCCCUGGGACAGAUCAUAUCCCUUCCCCCUUUCCAUUUGUCGAAUCUCCAGACCCAGGCAGCAAGCUUGAGGUAGUGUUUCCAGAGCGGAAUGUCUGUACCGAGGAGAUGUCGCUCCGGCGCAGGCUGGCCAAGGUCCUACGGGUGGUGGACAGCACCAUGCAGAGGAGGCUGCACAGGGUUACCACGGAUCUUGCCAAGACGGACACAGAGCUGCUGUGUGAGUGUGCCCUCUCCCAGCACCUGGCGCAGGGGAGGCAGGAGGUACAGGAGAAGGAGCGGGCGCUGAGCCGGCAGGCGGACGUGGCCGUGAUGGUGAUUGCCACGCUGAAGGAGCAGCUGAAGGAGUCAGAGUACGAGCUGGAGAGGCGAGAACAAGAAGUCAUCACCAUUCAGAAUUUCCUUGAGGCUGCCACCCAGCAUGAGAUAUGUGGUAAAGUUCGGAUCCAAUGUUUCAUUGAGAACCUGCUCAAACGCAUCGCCCUGGCUGAGAGGCUACUGGAGUACUAUCAGAGCUCCCCCAGUCCACCAAACUACACAGAUUACAUGCACCAGACAGCUGAAAACAGACCUCAUAGAAUCCCCAAAAGCAGGUCAGCGGGUUGUCAGCUGUCACAGUCCUGUCCCCAGGAAGGUAGAACGCACCCCUCCCUAUUAGGGCGGAAAGUGGGUCACUCUAGCUACUUCAGACCUGAUCACAGAGAUGAAGUCUGGACCCAGGGCAGCAGAUCAGUUGGAUUUGAGGACUAGGUAACCUGACCAGGGUAGAGAAAUGAAUGUAUAUGUGAAAUGUAUUUACUCAAUGUAUAGCUAAUACUGAGCAGGGUUGUAUCAAAGUCUUUAUGGCCAUGUGUACGCUGGUUUUUGCUCCAUUCUCAAAUCUUAUUUUGUCACAUGCUUCGUAAACAACAGGUGUAGGCUAACAGUGCAUUGCUUACUUAUGGACCCUUCCCAAAAAUGUAGAGAGGGGGAAAAAAUAGACAAAUUAAUAAAUACACAAUGAGUAACAAUAACUUGGCUAUAUACACAGGGUACCAGUACUGGGUCUAUGUGCAGGAGUGCAAUGUAAUUGAUGUAGAUAUGUACAUAUAGGUAUGGAUAAAGUGUCUACGCAACAGGAUAGAUGAUAAACGGUAGAAGAGGUGUAUGUGAUGAGCGCAAAUAGGAUCAAUGCAGAUAAUCAAUAACUACCCGGACUAACUAUUUAACUAACUAUUUAGCUGUCUUGUGGUUUGGGUUAGAAGAUGUUCAGGGUCCUGUUGGUUCCAGACCUGCCGUGUGUUAGCAGAGAAAACAAUCUGACUUGGGUGGCUGGAGGCUAUGACAAUUUUUAGGGCCUUCCUCUGACAUGUCCUGGUAUAGAGAUCCUAGAUGGCAGGGAGCUCGGCCCCAGUGAUGUACUGGGAUGUAAGCACUACCCUCUGUAUCGCUUUGUGGUCAGAUGCCAAGCAGUUGCCAUACCAAGUGGUGAUGCAGCCAGUCAAGAUGCUGUCAAUGGUGCAGCUGUAGAACUUUUUGAGGGUCUGAGGGCCCUUGCCAAAUCUUUUCAGCCUCCUGAGGGGGAAGAGGCGUUGUCUUGCCUUCUUCACGACUGUGUUGGUGUGUAUGGACCAUGAUAAUUCUUUAGUGAUGUGGACACCGAGGAACUUGAAGCUCUUGGCCCGCUAGGUUGUCUCAUCGUCGUUGGUGAUCAGGUCAACCACUGUCGUGUCAUCAGCAAACUUAAUAUUGGAGUUGGGCGCGGACACAUUGUCGUGGGUGAACAGGGAGUACAGGAGGGGACUAAACAUGCACCCCUGAGUGGCCACUGUAUUGAAGGUCAGCAUGGCAGAUGUGUUGUUGCCUACCCUCACCACCUGGGGGCGGCCCGUCAGGAAGUCAAUCCAUUUGCAGAGGGAGGUGUUCAGUCCCAGGGACCUGAGCUUAGUGAUGAGCUUGGAGGGUUCUAUGGUGUUGACUACAAAUCAGCGGUCAAUGAAGUCUCUGUCCUAGAGGCUACUACUGUCCUAGUUGCAACUUUUGAAGUACUAUAGUAACUUGAUGGAUAGGUAUUUCUAGGUAUCCUUAUUAUUUUUAUUAGUAUUACAGUAUGUCAUACUGUUGAUUAGUGUCAAUCUAAGAAAACAAUGUUUAAAAAAAAGUUUUUACUAGGUGGUGGAAUUGUAAAAAACCAGCAUACUAUGGCCUCCAAGGGCAUAACAGCUGAUACAAAGUAGUAUUUUAUUCCAGCCCAGGUAUACAGGUCUAUAUUGCGCUUCUGCACCUAACCGUAUAUAUUAGUGUAAUUCAAUUAUUCACAAAUCAUAUACUGUACAUUAGGCCUAGGUUUGUGAACUGAGGAACAGUAGUGAGUUCCAGUAGAAGUCUAUGGAAUUAAAACAUCCUGGUGCCUGAGAAUGCAGCUGUGUCUGACGAGCAUAGAGCCUAAACUGUGGUCGUCAACAACAGGCUGAUCAUGCUUGCCAUUUCAUAACAAGCGUUAAGGUUCCAUAUCACGUUCCUCUUUUUUAAUAUACAGAGAUGCAUACUUUGAAUUAAAGGCCCGAGAUUUGUUUCAUCAACCAAAACACUUUGAUCUGGUAGGUCAGAGGCAUUUUUUUGUUUCAGGCCUAACAAGCACGCAUAUAAAAAAAAUGUAAACAUUUAAAUUGGGGUGUGAAGGGUCAUCCUUUCUCUUGUAAAAAAAUAAAUGGAAACUAGAUGAAUGAAGCAAAAUAUAAAUUUGGUAUCACUUUACUUGACACCCAGUGUCAUAACACAGUCAUAAUGUCAUAACACCUGACAUAACUUGUCAUAAUGUGAUCAUUACACUGUCAUGGCCCAUAUAUUUACACCUGUUGUGACAUAUAGCGUUAUUCAAAUGAGUUUUAACCUGCCAAGAAGUUUCCUUUAGUUUGAAAGUUUGUUUCGUAAAUCCUUUGUUGUUAUAAAUUCUUUACAGUCAUGUUUUUUCAUCAAAUACACUUUGACAAUUUCAUGAAGCAUUAUGAGCAUCCUGUGUCACUUUACUUAGACUAAGAAAACACAUUUUAUGACACUUGUCAAAAAGCAUUAUGACCAUCAGACUCCUAUAAGCCAGAUAGGCCAAUUAUGUACAUGACCUUAUAUCAGUCAUCAGUCAAAACGUGGGUGUCUUGUCCUGCUCCUGAAAUCAAUUCCUGCAUCCAUCCCAGUCAUCAUCAACAGAGCAUUGUUGUAGGUGCAUGUCUGACAUCAAUGUGUGCGCAAUUACAAUGAUCAUUUUGAUAUGGUCAAUUAAAAAACACACACAUAUAUACUGUUGACAUGUAUGCUAGGGUGUAAUGGAAUGUUUUGCCUUAUGUGGUGGGUUUUGGCACUUAUGUAGGUGUCAUAACUAGCUAUAAAUAACGCAAUAUACAGUGUAUUCAGAAACUAUUCAGACCCCUUGACUUUUUCCACAUUUUGUUACCUUACAGCCUUAUUCUGGGGUAUUGUGUGUUGAUAGAUGAGGAAAACAUUUAAUCAAUUUUAGAAUAAGGCUGUAACGUAAACAUUUUGGGGAAAAGUCGAGGGGUCUGAAUACUUUCCGAAUGCACUGUAUGUUACAACAGGUCUAAAUAUGUCAUGACAGUGUUAUGACAUGGUUAUGAUCGUGUUAUGACAUGGUUAUGAUCGUGUUAUGACACUGGGUGUCAAGUAAAAUGUUAGGGUACAUUUGAAUGAAAUCCUGUUUUAUGAAAUCAUGCAUCCUAAUUGGCUGUGAUGUAGUAUCUAUGUUUACAAGUCAUUGUGCUCCAUCAAGCCAUGAGAAUAUAUUAGAAAGAAAUCAAAAUAAAACAUCUCUUUGGUAUUUGUUGUAACUGUAUGUUUUGUUAAUGGUGUUGAUAUUUUGUAUACAGCUACUGGAUGUCUCAAAGGGAAAUGUAGUUUUAUGGGGAAAUGAAGGAAAUGUAGCAAAUGCAUGAAUAUAGCCAAUCGUUUUAUAGUUACUGUUAUUUACAUGGUGCUGCUGUAUAGACCACGGUUGAAGUCUAAAUUCAGAAAAAAAGUAGUUCUUUAUUUUCAAAAUGGACCUCCUGAAUUGACAUAGCUUUAUAGUUACAUUUACGUCAUUUAGAGGCGAAAGAAACGCACACCUAUUUAGGCGAGAUGCUGGCUAGCAGAGUAGAACACUUGAAAAUUAAAGGACACUCUAGGAACUCGGAUGCAAUAAUAACCUAAUAACCAACGUUUGGACAGAUAAGCUGUCUUCAUCAGGGUAUAAUGACAAACACUGCUGGGUGACUAGUUUAUAUAGUGUCAAAGGACACACAGGUGUCUAUAAUCAUGGCCGGGUGUGGCCUGAUAUCAAUGGUUAAUUCUCAGAUAUAAAGAUACCGAAAACAUGAAUGGAUAGCAUAGGAUCAUAGAUACAAUUUGGCUACAUUUCCAUCAUUUAGCAGACAUUCUUUUUUGAUAGUAAUUUGCAUUAGGCGCAUAGCUAUUGUCUAUUGUGAGAGCAUGCUCCUUAUAUUUUAUCUUUAUAUAUUUAUGUUUAUCUUUUGUAGCAGAACGAGAUGUAUUUUAAUGGCAACAGAGUUGCUCAAUUGAGUAAAGAGCACUUUGGGGCUUAUGGGUCUCCUAAGGAGAUUGUUUCUAGCACUGGACAAUCAGAAAGAGAGAGGAGGAUUCAGGUAUUGAAUAUGACCAGAGAUAAAGUUAGUUUAAUUAUGUGCUACUGUUAUAUUUCAAGUCUAGUCUCCCUGGUUUAUGUUUGUAGGUACGUGGGUUUAUUUGCAAGAAUAUUAUUUUGUUUUGUGCCUUCACUUGAAACACUGUAGUCUAACACUGCAAAAUCCAAUACUGUGAACAGUUGUACUACAUUUGUUUAAACUUGAUGGUUUGAUGUGUGACAUGAAGAUUAAAGAACAA